GCCAGUACAAUGUGAAUAUGAACGUGCGGGUGACGUCACAUUCUCUUGCCAACCACGGGGACGCGCAAGAAGCGAGUGCGCUACGGACGGGAAGCAGCUCCUUGGAACUGAAAAACUAACAACGAAUUGGAAUGGCUGAGAUUUCUCCCUAAUAAACGCGUUAACGUUACACAAAUCAAAGAACAGGAAGUCCUGUUGACAUCACCUCCUAUCUGCGGCGGCUAUGUCGUGCAGGGACAUCCACGCCACCAAUGCCUUCUCCUUCAUCAUCGCCUUCAUCUCCGUGGGCGGCAUCGCUGUGGCGGCGCUGAUCCCACAGUGGCGAGUGACACGGCUUGUCACCUUCAACAAAAACGCCAAGAACAUCAGCGUCUAUGAUGGCCUGUGGGCCAAGUGUGUGAAACAAGAUGGCUACUCUGGCUGCUACUACUACGACUCAGAGUGGUAUUCUAAAGUGGACCAGUUGGACCUGAGACUGCUCCAGUUCUGCCUGCCGACUGGGCUACUGUUUGGCUCCCUGGCCCUGGUGCUGUGUAUGGCAGGCAUGUCUAAGACCUGCUGCUGCUCUGAUAAGGCUGAGACAGACAUCAAGAGUACCCGCUGUCUGGUCAACAGCGCAGGCUGCCACCUAGUGGCCGGGAUGUUCCUGUUCCUGGGCGGUGCUAUCGCCCUUGCGCCUUCCGUGUGGUUCCUCUUCCGGACCAAAGAGAUGAACAUCAGGUACGACCGCAUCUUCUCAGAUGGGUUCGCGGUCUACGUGGCCAUCGGCUGUUCCGGCGGCCUCAUGCUCGCCGCCCUGCUGAUGUUCAUGUGGUACUGCAUGUGUAAGAAGCUACCCUCUCCCUUCUGGCUGCCUCUCCCUAACUCCCUCUCCACCCAGCCCCUCACAGCCAACGGGUACCCCCCCUCCCCUGUCUAUGGACCCCCUCAGACCUUCCCUCCACAGGGGUACGUCCCCACUGUGAUGGAUGCCCAGCCCUACGCUCCCUCCCAGGGCUACCCUCAGAGCGUAGCCACACUGGCCCAGCAGCCUCAGCAGGUCUAUAUGUCCCAGAUGUCAGCCCUGGAUGGGUAUGGGUCAGAGGUGGGACACAACCAGGCUUACAGCUAUGCCCCGUCCCAGAGUUAUGCACCCUCUCAGGUGGGCUACGCCCCCAGCUACAUAGGCCACCGCUACUCCACACGCUCACGCAUGUCUGGCAUAGAGAUAGACAUCCCUGUUCUAACACAAGGCCUCUGAGGGAGGGAGGGCUGCUGCAAGAACACUGAGUCAUGGUUCCAUUUAGCUGUCCUGUCUCCUGUAAAGGGUGUGUACUGUCAGUGAAGGAUAUGACUGUUGGUCAGUCUGCACUAGAAAUACAACUGUGCGUCACUCAACCAAGCACUGCACUGUUAGACACAGUUUAGUAUGCAGGCUCCACAUCUGGUGAAAGGACACCAGAGAUGCCCCAUAAUGAAGUCUGAAUUCACUGUUAUAUUUUGAUUGAAAACAAUAUUUUCUAAUCACACCGAUUUGUACAUCUCUUCUUAAUGUAAAUCUGCUUGAAACCUCAUAGCAUUUCUACACUGUAUAUUGUUCACUAAUAUUUCAAAAUGAACUAAACUGUGAGGUAAAAGGGAGUGACACUGACAGUGAUGUCUUUGUUGUGCCUGUUGUUUUAAUGUGUGUUGUUCAUAUUGUUGGUCUGUGAAGAAAUGUAAAUAUAAUAUGCUGUAACAUGUGAGAUGACAUGGGAAUGUCCUAAUGACUCAUCCUAUUUACCCAUCUACAGUACAGCAGUGGCUCUAAGGCCAUGACUUUUUAUAUGUACACAUAUCAUGAUGCCACCGUACAUCAAUCAAAUGUAUAAAGCCCUUUUUACAUCGGCAGAUGUCACAAAGUGCAAUAUCAUGAAGGUAGUUGUUGACCUGUCUCCUUUGUUAAGGUGCCUGGGAGAUAUGAUUGAACCAGAACACAUACUGCUCCUCUGUCUGCUAUUCAGACCAAAGGAACGUCAAAAUGAACAUCUUAUUUUAGCUCCAGAACACUGCCAUCUGUCGCCUGUCCUUUUUGUCAAAUUGUAAGUCUACACUGAGCUGUGUAAGCAAACGUAGAGCUACUCUUGUUUCCACUUCAUUCAUCCACUACUGGGCUCCUUGAGUGGCGCAGCAUCUCAGUGCUAGAGGUGUCACUACAGACCCUGGUUCGAUUCCAGGCUGUAUCUCCAUGAUUGGGAGUCCCAUAGGGCGGUGCACAAUUGGCCCAGCAUUGUCUGGGGUAGGCAUUGUCAUUGUAAAUAAGAAUGUGUUCUUAACUGACUUGCCUAGAUAAAUAAAAAGUUAAACUGUCAUUGAUUUCACAUGAAGGGGGGUUCACUACACUGUAACAUCACAUUCCAUUGGAUGUGCUGGUUCUAAAAUGGUAGAACACUGACUGAAUGCACUGGGCCUCUUAUGAUUCUACAAUCUAGAGAAAGGAUUCUGUGAUUUCUGUUGCAUUCUAUCCCUAAACACUAGUUUUGACCAAACUGUCCACUAACUCGUGUGUUGAUUUAAUCUUAAAUACCCUUUGUAUCAGCCGUAACGUAUCCGACAUGCUCUCUCUGUUGCAGUGCUGCAUGUACAGUCUGUUCUUAUCUCUAUGGAAAAUGUCUUUGUUCACCAGACCCUUUUCUCAAUAAAAAUUGUAUCUAAUUA